AUUGAUGAAUUACUUAUAUAAUUAUAUUUUUGUGUAAUAAAUUAUCAUAUUUUUCUAUGAUAUUAGAUCAUAUUCGCUUGUUAUUUGAAUUUUCUGUUGAUUAUGGCGGAUUCCGGAGAAAGAUUUAAAAGAAAACAAUUUGGUAACAGAUUUUUAAAAAACGAAGAUGAUGUUUUUAAACAUAAUGCAUGGGAUAAUGUAGAAUGGGAUGAGGAUCAAGAAAAUCAAGCCUUGUCACAAGUAUGUGAACAUGUCAAAACAAAAAUGACAUUAGAAAAAUCCAUUGAUUUAGAAAAUAAUGCUGAUCAACAUUGGGAUAAUUUUUACUCAGUUCACCAAGAAAAAUUUUUUAAAAAUAGAUGUUGGUUGUUUACCGAAUUUCCUGAAAUAAAAUCAUUAAAAGAUGAAAAAUCAAGCUGUAUACUAGAAGUAGGCUGUGGUGUUGGAAAUUCAGUCUUUCCUAUAUUGUCUCAUUGUUCUGGUACAAAUGUUCAUGUUUAUUGUUGUGAUUUUUCUUCAAAUGCUAUUAAAAUAUUAAAAGAAAAUUCUGAAUAUAAUGAAGAACAUUGUACGGCAUUUGUAUGUGAUAUAACUAAUGAUGACUGGAAUCCACCAUUUGCCUUAGAGAGUUUGGAUAUUAUUUUAUUAGUUUUUGUUCUUUCUGCUGUGAAACCCGAAAAAUUGAAACAUGUUGUACGUAAGUUUUAUGAAUAUUUGAAACCUGGUGGCAUAAUAUUGUUCCGUGAUUAUGGUAGAUAUGACAUGGCACAGCUUAGAUUUAAAGAAGGAAGGUGCAUAUCAGAGAAUUAUUAUAGUAGAGGUGAUGGAACAUUAGUCUACUUCUUUACCCAAGACGAUUUAAAAAAUUUAUUUGUUGAUGCCGGCUUUGAAGAAGUUCAAAAUUUAAUUGAUCGUCGUAUGCAAGUAAAUAGAGGUAUCAAGAAAUGCACAAAUGAAUCUUUCAGUGGCGAAGCGUCAUAGGAGACAAUGCCUACCCAUUUAUCUACGGAUACAUAAUUUGGUUUUAUUAUAUUUUAUUUAUUUUUAUAUAAUAUAUACUUUAAUAUCUAU